ACGGGGGGACAUGGGGACAGGGUAGGGACGCUCCCCACAGCGUCCCCAGGGUGUCGCCAUGGUGUCACCUCCCUGUCCCCGAGUCUGUGAGACCCUCGGACUGUCCUCAGUCCUGUCCCUAGGCUGUCCCCUCCCUGUCCCCAGAACGGUCCGGGCAGAGGCUUUGGGCUCCACCCUCGCCCUUUGCGCCGCCUCUGCCCCUGUUUAAAAUGUUCCCAGAUUGUCCCCAGGUGUCCCCAAGUGCCACCAUGGCUCCUGUGCUGGUGGCCCUGUUAGCGCUGCUGGCGCUGGCACUGCUGGCGCAGCUGUCGCGACAUCGCGCGAUCGCAGCCCGACUCCCCCCGGGCCCCCCCGCGCUGCCGCUGCUCGGAAACCUCCUCCAGGUGUCCCCGUUCCGCACGCUGCAGUCCCUGCUCAAGCUGAGUGACCGCUACGGGCCAGUGUUCACAGUGUGGCUGGGCCCCCGGCCAGUGCUGGUGCUGUGCGGGACCCGGGCUGUGCGUGAGGCGCUCGUGGGGAACCCCGAGGUGUUCGCAGGGCGUGGGCAGAUGCCAACCCUGGAGAGCACCUUCAGGGGAUAUGGUGUGGUUUUUGCGGAUGGGGAGCGUUGGCGGCAGCUCCGGCGCUUCUCCCUGAUGGUGCUCCGGGAUUUUGGGAUGGGCCGCCAGAGUAUCGAGAGCCGGAUCCAGGAGGAGGCCCAGGAGCUGCUCCACGAGUUCCAGAAAACCCAAGGAAAACCCUUCGACCCCACGUUCCUGCUGAGCUGCGCCGUGUCCAAUAUCAUCUGCUCCAUUGUUUUCGGGAAUCGCUUCCAGUACCAGGAUCCUGAAUUCCUGGAGCUGCUGCGUCUCAUGAACGAGAGUUUUCGGGAGAUGAGCACAGCCUGGGCACAGCUGUACAACAUGGCCGAGCCAUUGCUGAAGUUCGUGCCGGGCCCGCACCGGCGCAUCCCACAGCUGCUGGGGACAAUGAGGAGUUUCAUUGCCCAGCGUGUGCAGGACAACGCCCGGACCCUCGACCCCCACAGCCCCCGUGACUUCAUCGAUGCCUUCCUCAUCCAGAUGAACAAGGAAAAGGACAACCCCAAGUCAGAAUUCACAAUGGAAAACCUGGAAUUGACUACCCUGAACCUUUUCUUUGCCGGCACUGAGACCGUGAGCUCCACACUGCGCUUUGGCCUCCUCUUCCUCAUGAGGCACCCCCAGGUGGAAGAGAAGAUUUUCGAGGAGAUUUCACAGGUGGUGGGCUCCGGCCGGGCUCCAGCCCUCGCUGACCGCUCGCUGAUGCCAUUCACUGAUGCCACGAUCCACGAGAUCCAGCGCUGCAGCGACCUCAUCCCCAUGAAUGUCCCGCACCGGGUGACGCGGGACACGGAAUUCCGGGGCUUCUGCAUCCCCAAGGGCACAGACGUUUACCCCCUGCUGAGCUCGGUCCUAAACGACCCUGAAUCCUUCAAAAACCCCCAAAACUUCGACCCUGGGAACUUCCUGGACGAGCAGGGUCGGUUCCAGCGCAACGAGGCCUUUGUGCCCUUCUCAGCUGGGAAGCGGCUGUGCCUGGGGGAGGCGCUGGCGCGGGCAGAGCUGUUCCUGUUCCUGACCUCGCUGCUGCAGCGCCUGCGGCUGCAACCCCCGGCACCCCCCGAGGAGCUGCCCACGGCUCCCCUGGUGAGCGGCUUCGCCAACAUCCCGCCCCCCUUCCAGCUCCGCCUGCUGCCCCGAUGAGAUUCCCCCCCAAAUUCCAGACCACUCCCUAAAUUCAGGAACUGCCCCGGGAUUGGGACCCCUCCCCAUGGCUGGAAAAUCUCCCCCCGAUCCUCCCCAAAUUCCACUCCCAACAUCCCCCCCCACUUCCAUCUCAUGAUGGUGUCUCAGUGAGACCCCUCCCCAAAUCCCACCCCUGAGAUGUCUCCUCAUCGUUGGAAAAUCCCCUGAAAUCCACCCCAAAUCCGGCCCCAAAAUCAAGAAUCCUUGCUGAGACCCCUCUCCAAAUUCAGGUUGCCUCCCCAUAAUGCCCCUCCUCACUGGGAUCAGGACCCCUCCCUAUCAAUGGAAAUUUCCACCAAACCCAAAAAAUCAUCUCCAAAUCGCCUUCCCAAAAUCAGAACCCCCCAUGACCCCUGAAUUUCCCCCCAAAACCACCAAAUUCCUCCCCAAAAAUCCAAAAAUUCCUUCCAAAUCUCCCCCAAAACCCUCAAACCCUCAUACUCCCCCAGAAGUCUCAAAUCCUCCCAAGACUCAAAAUCCCCCCCCAAAACUCCAAAUUUCCCCCCCCAAAACCCUAAAAACCCCCAAAAUUCUCCCCACCCCCCAAAUUUUCCCCUCAAAACCAUCGAAUACUCACAAAAUCCCAAAUCCUCCCAAGACCCUCAAAUUACACCCCAAAUGGCCAAAAUUCCGCCCCCCCCAAGACUCCCAUAUUCCUCCCCAAAAAUAUGAGGGGUGCCCCUAAACAACCAAAUCCCCUCUUCCCAAAAUUUCCUCCUGGACCCCAAAUUCCCCCUCAAAACCCCCAAAUAUUUUCCCCCAAACA